UGCUUUUCUGUAUGCAUUUUAGCUUUUGAUUCUCUUGUUAUAAAGCUGUAAUUUGAGCUCAUUUCUGGAAUUUAUUAUGCGGGUAUUGGUUGAAUAUCCAUUUGAUUUGACGGGUUUUCAGAUUUUCAAUUUUGAUCGAAUUUUACGAACGAGAAGUUCUUUAUCUCUUUGGUCAUAUCGGAAGCUUCUUUGAACAUGGACCCUCCUACAGUUGAAGAAAAAAUCAAAACAGCAGAACUUGAAGACGUGCAAUUAGAGGAAGUGAAGGAAACUAAACCAGCAGCAAUUGAGGAGGACGAUGCCCUCUUCCGCUGUGAUCUAUUUGAUGCAGAGAUGGUUCAAAAGGUAGCGGAUGAAUUUCUCCCUGGAUUAGCCUCUGCCUGUAUUGAUAAUACGACCGGUGGUUUGUUGAAUAGCCCCGCUUCUGUGGCUGUUGAUAUUAGAAGAGAAAUGGUGGACUAUCUUGUCCAGAGAAGCGAGAUGUUUGUUGCAGAAUCUGUUGUCUUAGAAGGUGACUCGGUUGUUGAAGUGUCGGACAACCCUCAUGAUAUUAUAUCGGAUUUUAUUGAUGAUUUUGCACAGUCUAAGAGGAACUUUUUCUGCAAAGUCUCAUCAUGGAUGCUAAGUGAAAGGAGAGAGGAAAGGAUAGAUGAUUUCGUACAAGAAAUGGAAAUGAAUGGCUUUUGGUUGAUGGCGAGGAGGAUAGCAGUGGCACAAACAUCGAUAAGAAAUAUCGACUUCAAGAACAUUUAUCACUGCAGUAUGAGGUUCAAAUCUGAAGAAGAGCUUUCGAAGCAUAUCACUUCGUGUGGUUUCAGGGAAUUGCACUGUGAAAAUGAGGGAUGCAAUGCCCGAUUCAGUGCAGCUCAGCUGGAACUGCAUGAUUCAACAUGUCCGUUUAAAAUACUCCAAUGCGAGCAGAAAUGCCCAGAAACACUCAUGAGGCGUGAAAUGGACAGGCACUGUAUAACUGUAUGUCCAAUGAAGCUUGCCAACUGCCCCUUCUAUCCAGUAGGCUGUGUGUCUACUAUUCCUCAAUGCAAAACUGACCAACACCGUCUUGAGAAUCUUCUGCCUCACUUGACCCACAUCUUAAAACUUAUUCAUAAGGAAGCAUCUUUCGAGGCUUUGAAGAAAAGGGCUGAACAAUUGUUGGAGGCAUCAUCACCUGGACGGCUGGCAGCUGCUCGUGAUGCAAGAUCAUUAACAGUUGCAAUCAAGCGUAUUGAUGCAAAGCUUGGACCUUUGGAAGCUGAGGAAAUUAAAGAGGACAAUGCAGAUGACGCUGACUUGAAAGAUGAAAAAAAGGAUAGCACUGAUCUAUCUGCCAAAAAGGAUAGCACUGAUCUAUCCGCCAAAAAGGAUAGCACUGAUCUAUCCGCCAAAAAGGAUUGCUCUAUUGACUUGUCUCAUAAUGAUGAACAAUCUCCACAGCUCAACUCCACAGCUUCACCGCACAAAACAGUCUCACCUGACAAAUCAGAGGAAGUUGUGGAACCAACCGUUAAUACGGAUUCAACCAAUGAACACUGUGAGAAACCAGACUCUAGGGAUCUACCCCAUAACAAAAAUGACGGUUUGAAAUCACCUGACAAAGGUGAAGAGUCUCUUAGCACAUCCGAAAAACAUCAAGAUGUCACAACUUCAGCACACAAACUAGAGUCACCUAAAAGUGAAGAUCCUCCCAAGUCACCCGAGAAGCAUCAUAAUUCAACAACUUCUGAAGAACAAAAGGAGUGAAAUAAGAUCUUUGCGGAUCAAAUGGAAUUCAGACUGUGAUCAGCAAGUCAGCACCUGACUAAUGGAGUUUUAACAGAUCCUGGUUGGAAAGGUAAAACAGCGAAACACUCAUUUUCUGAAAGUAAAUGUAUGUGUAGCCACCAAAUGAGAAGUAGAAUGCAAAAUUUUGGAGGUCAAGUAUAAGAGAACACAUUCAUUUUGUAUAUUGAAGACUGAUCAGUACCUUCAAGAGUACUGAUUCUCGAAUUCUCAGGCUGGAAGAUUGACGACAAGAAAGUAAGUACAUUGUUUAAAGAUUGUCUCUAUCUUCAAAUCUGAGCUGGAGCAAGGCCAUAGCAUAGGAGAUUGCAUGAAAUAGUUAAAGUUGCAUACUAGUUCUGAUCUUCUUCAAAAAUGGCACAAUUUUGUUUUAAAUCCUUUUUUUCACCUCCAUACAUAGACAGAUAUGAACAUUUUUCCUGUAUAAUUUAUCACCCUAGCAAGUUUUCCCCUUGCUUAUUCAUUUUUUCUUGCUUGUAAUUUGCUUUGUACAAAACAGAGUUUUAUUUUUCCUUGUUAGUGAUUCACAUUCAAUUUGUUUCAA